UUUCUUGCCUCGCUUCCCGACUGUGCCCCUGCACGUCCGCUACCUCUUCUGUCUCUGUCACGUUUUAGCGUCACUUCCAAUUCGGCCCAGCGUGAAAAUUUUUCUCGAAUCUUCCACCCAAAUCCUCUCUGCUCUUCAGCAUUAUAUAUCUUCCUUUGGCUUUACACUUUCUUGACCUUUCUCUGAAAAUUUUUCUUCUUCACCAUCUCUAUUCAUCUUUUCUAAGAUAAUUCUCUAAAGGAUUUCCAGAAUUUUCAGGAUUUUGAAGGUUAUAAAGAUCUCUUGUUAAUAUCACUCUACCCCAGCUUUUUUUUUCCAUCUCUUCACAUUUGUAUAUAUCUAUCUUGUGUACUAUACUCAAAACCCAGAUUAACUCCAAUUAAUCAAAUCAAAUCAAAUCAAAUCAAAGUAAUUUUUAUUUCUUUUAAUCUAUAUUUGUUAAUACCUAAAAAUGUUCAGACUAGCUAGACCUACUUUGAAAAAAGUCUCAACUCCAAAAUUAGCUCGUUAUUUACACAAUGAAUUGAGAUUCGGUGUUGAAGCCAGAGCUUCAUUGUUGAAGGGUGUUGAUACUUUGGCCAAUGCUGUUUCUGUCACCUUGGGUCCAAAAGGUAGAAACGUUUUAAUUGAGCAAUCUUUCGGCUCUCCAAAAAUUACUAAAGAUGGUGUAACUGUUGCAAGAUCCAUUCAAUUACCCGAUAAAUUCCAAGAUCUAGGUGCCAAAUUAUUACAAGAUGUUGCCUCAAAGACCAAUGAAAGUGCAGGUGAUGGUACUACAACUGCCACUGUUUUAGCUCACUCUAUCUUCACUGAAUCAGUAAAAAACGUUGCUGCUGGUUGUAACCCAAUGGACUUGAGACGUGGUUCCAAAGCUGCUGUUGACAAAAUUGUUCAAUUCUUGACUGAAAACAAAAGAGCCGUUACCACCUCUGAAGAAAUUGCCCAAGUUGCCACUAUUUCUGCCAAUGGUGAUGCUCAUAUUGGUGAACUAUUAGCUUCUGCUAUGGAAAAAGUCGGUAAAGAAGGUGUCAUUACCGUCAGAGAAGGCAAAACUAUGGAAGACGAAUUAGAAGUCACUGAAGGUAUGAGAUUCGACAGAGGUUAUAUCUCUCCUUACUUUAUGACAAACGUCAAAAGCGCCAAAACUGAAUUUGAAAACCCUUUGAUUUUAUUGUCUGAAAAGAAAAUCUCAAGCAUGCAAGAUUUAUUACCUGCCUUAGAAAUUUCUGUUCAACAAAGAAAACCUUUAUUAGUCAUUGCUGAAGAUGUUGAUGGUGAAGCCUUGGGUGGUUCUGUUAUCAACGUCUUGAAGGGUUCCAUUAAAUUCUGCGCCGUUAAAGCCCCAGGUUUCGGUGACAACAGAAAAAACACUUUGGGUGAUAUUGCCAUCUUAACUGGUGGUACUGUUUUCACUGAAGAAUUAGAUCUUAAAUUAUCUGACUGUAGUCUUGAUUUGUUAGGUAAAGCUGGAUCUGUUACCGUUGGAAAAGAAGAUACUGUCAUCUUAAAUGGUGAAGGUACCAAAGACUCUGUUCAACAAAGAUGUGAACAAAUCAGAGGUGUCAUGGAGCAAUCAGGUACCUCUGAAUACGAAAAGGAAAAAUUACAAGAAAGAUUGGCCAAAUUAACUGGUGGUGUUGCUGUUAUUAAAGUUGGUGGUACUUCUGAAGUCGAAGUCAGCGAAAAGAAAGAUCGUUACGACGAUGCCCUUAAUGCCACUAGAGCUGCUGUUCAAGAAGGUAUCUUGCCAGGUGGAGGUACUGCUUUAUUAAAGGCUUCCUCUGUUCUUGAUGACUUUAAAGUUGAAAACUUUGAUCAACAUUUAGGUGUUCAAAUUAUUAAAAACGCCAUCAAGAAACCAGCCAAAAGAAUCUUGGAGAAUGCUGGCGAAGAAGGAUCUGUCAUCAUUGGUAAAUUGUUAGAUGAACACUCUUCAAGCUUCAACACUGGUUACGACUCUGCUAAGGGUGGCUACGUUGACAUGUUACAAGCCGGUAUCAUUGAUCCAUUAAGAGUCGUGAGAAAUGGUUUGGUUGAUGCCAGUGGUGUCGCUUCCUUAUUAGCUACAACUGAAUGUGUUGUCACCAGAGUGGAUGAUCCAAAACCAGCUGGAGGUGCCCCAGGAAUGGGAGGCAUGGGCGGCAUGGGAGGUAUGCCAGGUAUGAUGUGAAAUGACUAAAUUAAAAACCCAAAAAAAGCAAGCAAACAAACUAGAUUUAUAAUAAAUAAUGUGCUUUCUUGUAUAUAGA